AGACUGAGGGCCUAAACCGAGGUCCCGAGUUUUCUUUUAUAAAAUAACAUUAGCUACUUCCUUGAUAUGCUGACAAUGGAACACUGAUAUUGUCGUUCGCCUGCCUUGAGCCGGCUUCGUUUCUUGCUCCCAUCUUUCUUGGCUGCCAUUCGCUCCAGUGUCUAUUUCUCACUGAUCGUAGCGUCUCACUGACCUAGCGUCUCACCCAGGAUGGGUAUUCCGGGUAUCUACCAAGAGAUUGGCCCGGGGGACCGUAUCGCCCUGUCCAAGCUCGCCGUCCAGACCCUGGAGGAGACAGGACGCCCCCUGCGGCUGGCCAUCGACAUAUCGAUAUGGCAGUUCCAGGCACAGGCGGCCAAGGGCGGCUCCAACCCGGCCAUCCGCACGCUCUUCUACCGCCUCGUCCGCCUGCAGAGCCACACCAUCAAGCCCAUUUUCGUCUUUGACGGCCCGAACAAGCCCGCCAUGAAGCGCGGCCGCCGUACGGGCGGCGGCCGGAGCGGCGGAAACGUCGUGUCCACCGCCAUGGCCAAGCAGCUGAUCCGCCUGUUCGGCUUCUACGCCCACGACGCGCCGGGCGAGGCCGAGGCCGAGUGCGCCCUGCUGCAGCGCCGCGGCAUCGUCGACGCCGUGCUCAGCGAGGACGUCGACACCAUCAUGUUCGGCUGCACCCGCACCCUGCGCAGCUGGUCCGCCGAAAAGGAGAAGGGGAGCGGCAGCAGCGGCCCGCCCACACACGUCACCGUCUACGACUCGGCCGCCAUCGCGCGCCCGGACGCUGCGGGUCUCGACCGUGAGGGUAUGGUGCUCGUCGCCCUGAUGAGUGGCGGCGACUACGACCCGGAGGGCAUCCCCGGCUGCGGUGUCAAGGUUGCGUGCCAGGCCGCCCGCGCCGGGUUCGGCAGGUCUCUCUGCAAGAUCAAGCGCUCCGACCCGCCGGCCGUCCUCGCCGCGUGGCGCGAGGGCCUCAGGCGGGAUCUGGCCGACAACGUUAGCGGGUCCUUUAGCAGACGGAACAAGGCUGUAGCCGCUGCGAUACCGGACGAUUUCCCCGACAUGGAAGUUCUGGGUUACUACACGCACCCCGUGGUUUCCCGGGAUGCUGCGCUCGAGAGGCUCAAGAUUUCCUUCUCUGAUGCCCUUGUUGGCGGCGACAUGAAUCUUCUGGGGUUGCGGGACUUUACCGCCAACACGUUCGACUGGACUGGCAAGGGCGGCGCAAUCAAGUUUAUUCGCGUACUAGGCCCCAGCCUCCUCGUGCAGAAGAUGCUGCUGCCGUCGCUGCAGCAAGAUUGCCUGGUGGAAGCCAUACUGAAACGGCGUGUCGACCACCCCAGCAGCGGACGGAUUCCCGAGCUGCGCGUGUCGUUUCUGCCGCUGGCCGUCGUCGACAUAGACCUCGACGCAGAACCAGACGAGGCCCCAGAGGCACACGGGCGCGGCGGCCUGGCUCUCAACAGCGAUGAUGAGUUUGAAGAUGCCGAGGCGCCAGGCUCCACGCAGGGUGGCGGGCCUAAAAAGGUCUUUGACCCGUCCCAGCCCGAUGUGGUCUGGAUCCCCGAAUCUGUAGUUAGGCUUGGGUCUCCCGAGGUGUUGAGAAACUGGGAGGCGGAGCAGGGGGCGAAAAGGGCGGUAGCAUCAGCACCAAAGAAGAAGACGGCGGCAUCAGCACCCAAGGCGACGAGGACCAGGACAACAAAGGCCGCGCCAGAGCCCAGCCAUACAAUGGAGAGGUACCUGAAAGCCACAAAGAAGCCUCUUCCUCUAACAUCUUCAUCGUCGUCCUUGAGGGAGCACGCAGUGCCUCCAAUGCCCGAGAACUCAUUCGACGACCCAGAUCCGCACAUGCUGUCCUUGUCGCCUCCACAUGCCUCCACCAGCCACCGGAAGCGCAUAUCUUCUGGCACUUCCUCGUCGGAGACGAGCCCUACGAGAAUGAUGGAGCGUCUGAAUCUCUCUUCCGCUCCAGACUCAACAUCUGCUGUGAGGACAACGGGAGCCGGCCACGCCCACAGCGGCAGCAGUGCCGACAAGACAAAGCAGACGACCAUCCUCGGGUUCGUCAAGCACGGCUUUGAGAAACAGCAGGCAACAACACAGAACCGCGCCCCGGCCCGGCGGGAGAGGAGCGCAGCCCGCUCGCCGCCCCGCCGCUCCGGCAGAGGAGAGGAGGGGCUGGCCAGGCCGGCGGCUUCUUCCCCGCCGAGGUUCCGCCGCCCGCCCUCCGUCAUCUCGCUAUCGUCAGACGACGACGCAAGCGAGCCGGAGCGGAAACCGGCGGCGGAGGCUGCGGAGCACGCAGCGGAGCCCACGGUGCGGGAGGAGCCUGCCCGCCAUGGCGGACGCGCCCAAGUCGCUGGGAGUGUCGGUGGCUCCACCGCCACGGCGGCGGCAGCAGCAGCAGCAACGGCGGCGCCGGGUUCGGCCGGAAGCGGCCACGACAGCGAGUACAGCGACGAGGACACGUGGGCCACGGCCGAGUCGCGCCUGCCGCCACCGCCACCGCCCGACGCGGCGGGCGGGCCGGGAGAGGACGGAAACAUGACGAAGCUGUACAGAUCGAGGAGGAGCGCGGCCGGCUACAUGUGCGAGGUGGAGGUCUCGAGGGAGGAGGCGGACCGCAUCAUGCGCGAGGAGGAGGAGGAGGAGGCCCGGGCGGAUGGGCGGCGGCGGCGGCGUCGGCUGUACCGGCGCAGCGACCUUUUUGUCAUAGAUCUGACGGACGAGCCUUGACGGGUUUGCGGUCCCGGUUUUUGGUUCAGCUGCGUCUGGAUACCUGCUGGUUCGAUGUCUGUAUAUUUGCCUACGAAACACGGAAUACGUGAUUCACCGCUCUGGCGUCCGCCUUGAACGCUCGCCUCCUUGCCACUAGGCAAGAUCAUGGACUCGGAUGAAGCCGUUGUUGUGCUGCCGGAGCGGGAUGCUGGUGUUGAGGUCGUGUCCUCGCAGAAAUCUUGUUUCAAUGUUGC